GGGAGACUUAUCCUCCUUUUUCUUUCUUUGAGAGUAAAAAAAAAAAAAAAACCGAGAAAAAAAACCAUCACUUUUGCCGCUUCUUCUUAUAUCAACCAUUGAUAACUGUUUGAUAUUUGUUUCGUAAUGUCUACAAUCUACAAUGAAGAUCAGAAGCAAACGUUGCCAUCGCAAAAAGAUGCUACCUAUUCGGCCUCAUUGCGACAGCUAAUCGACACAGAGCAGGCAUUUUCACCAGUGCCAACCGUAGGCGGUGCAGAGAUUGGGCAAAAAAGAACAGUUUCCUGGUUAGAGGAUGAUAGAGAAGCCAAAGCACCUAAAAUAGAGGUUUUUGAACCAAUGGCACCAGUGAUAGGCUCAAAAAUAGCUGUCAAACCUCAUCAUGCACAGCCACAACAAAUGCAGGUUUCCCAAUUAACCCACCAACAGCAGCCAAGAGUUCCGUUACCACAGAUCAAUUCGACUGCUGCUGUGACAACAGCAACAGUAACGAACGGUACAAGUGCAUUUCAUGCUAUUGCAACACCGACAGUGCUUGGUACAACGACGACUGCCACUCCUAGGCAACCAUCCUACACAACCGUCUAUAAUGAUCAAUUUAUCAUCCAGCACCGAAUCAACCGACCGAAACUACGAUUAGAUGAUUUUUUCAUAUCUAGAACUUUGGGAACAGGUUCAUUUGGACGUGUUCAUCUCAUACAAUCAAAAGUCAAUUCACGAUAUUACGCAAUGAAAGUUCUAAAAAAGACAGAAGUGAUUCGAUUGAAACAAGUGGAGCAUACCAAUAACGAAAAACACAUACUAGAGGCUGUCGCUCAUCCAUUCAUAGUAAAUAUGUGGGGCACAUUUCAAGAUUCUAAUAAUCUUUACAUCAUUCAAGACUAUAUACCUGGUGGCGAAUUGUUUUCGAUAUUGAGACGAUCCCAACGCUUUCCCGACCAUGUUGCCAAGUUUUAUGCAGCGGAAGUCAUACUCGCUAUUGAAUAUCUUCAUUCUAAGGAUAUGAUUUACCGUGAUUUGAAACCGGAAAACCUCUUAUUAGAUGCACAAGGACAUAUCAAAAUCACAGAUUUUGGAUUCGCCAAGUAUGUACCUGAUAUCACUUGGACUUUGUGCGGUACCCCUGAUUAUUUAGCUCCUGAGAUCAUACAAUCAAAAGGUUAUGGGAAAGCAGUUGACUGGUGGAGUCUAGGCGUUCUCAUCUACGAAAUGUUAGCAGGAUAUCCGCCUUUUUUUGAUGAAGACCAUUUGAAGUUAUACGAAAAGAUCCUAGCGUGUAAAUUAAAAUGGCCAGCCUACUUUGAAAUGAAUGCCAAAAGUCUUCUCAAGCAACUGUUAACGCCAGAUCUUACAAAAAGAUAUGGUAAUUUGAAGGGUGGCAGUGAUGACUUAAAACGACAUCCAUGGUUUGCUGGUGUCGACUUUAAUAGAAUACUGGCUCGUCAGAUCAAAGCACCCUAUGUUCCUCAAAUUAGAGGUGAAGGUGAUGCAAGCCAUUUCGAUAAAUACCCAGAAACACAAGAGCCAUACGGCGUAAAUGACCAAAACGAUCCCUACAGACAUUUAUUUCCUGAUUUUUAAAAGAAACAAACAACUAUACCAUAGAUUCGAUUUGAUUUUACAAGACCCCAUAUGAUAUACGGGGCUUACCCAGUUUACUUCUCUAUUUCGAGUCUAUAAAGCCACACGUUAACCCUAUACGACUUUUAUCUAGACGAUUACUAAGAAGGUCAAUGAAUUUGCUAGAACACAAUA